CGCCCACUCACUCUGAACCAUUCAUAACUUUUAUUUGUGUGUGUGUGUGUUCACACGACUCGCUGGUUCUCCCUUGUUUAUUUGCAUUCCGCGUUUUGUGUUUGUCACCCGCCACACGAACGACCCUCUCGGUCCUCGGCAGCCUAUCAGAGCAGCGGUGCUCGGGGGGGAGGCGAGUUUUCCUGCCCUCCUGUUUCUCCUGAGCGGCUCUCAGGGGCGAAGCUGCAGCUACACGAAAACCAGUUUGUGGAGAGAGAGAGAGAGAGAGAGAGAGCGGUUUGUAAGCUGCUGGCUUCUCAGGUGCGUUGCACAUCCGCGUCAUUUCUGCUUACCUGUAAAAACAAGAGGUCACGUGAUCUCGAGGAAAAAGAGGGUGGGAGGAAAAAAAAACCCUUUGCACUUCGGCAGUUCGAGAGAGAGAGAGAGAGAGACUGAGUGAGUCCUCGGAUUUACAGCUCCGGAGUGGUGUAGCGUCUCUCUUGUCUCUCUUUUCUUGGCGCAAAAAAAGGACAUUUUUGUUUCCUGAUCAAAAGGAAUUCAAAGGAUACAAUGAAGAAGUUGCUUUGAGCCCAGGCUCGCGCUACAGUGUUCCUCAACACCGACCCAACUUCAAAGUGCUUCUGCUGUCCUGUUGAAGAGCACCAUCAAAGGGAGGGAGUGAGGAAGAGGAGGAGCACAAAAAUGGAGUGGUGGCGUGUGGCAGCGCUCCUGGUGCUGCUGUGUGUUGGCCGCUCUGACUGCGAUCAGCCCCAUGCCCAGUUUUCCUCCCUAACCACGAUCAGCACAGUAGUCCAGGACCCCCGGACAGGCCGGAUCUACCUGGGCGCCAUCGACGCCAUCCAUCAGCUGGACGCUAAUCUACAGAAGGAGAGUACAGCUCAGACGGGACCCAAAAAAGACAGCCCGAACUGCACUCCCCCCAUCACUGCCCAGUGUGUAGAGGCUGUGGAAACGCACAACGUCAACAAGCUUCUGCUGGUGAAUCCGGCUCAGGGCACGCUGGUUUCGUGUGGCAGUGUCUUUCGCGGCAUCUGCUCCCUGCUCAAUCUGAGUAACGUUGAGCAGCAAGUGUACUACAGUGACACCAAGGGAGAGAAGACGUAUGUGGUCACUCCAGACAAGUCAGUCUCAGUGGUGGGAGUGAUCUCAACCUUUAUCAAGGACAAACCUCCACUGAUAAAUUCGAGUGUUUUCCUAGUAGGUCAAGGCUAUGGCAGUGCAGAUAGUGUGAAGCUGGUCAGCACCCGUCUGUUGCAAGUGUACAAUGACAUGGACAUAUUUGAGAACAUCGUGGAGACCUCCACUGUGCAGGCAGGCCCAUACAUGCAGCGCUACCAGCAUGACUUUCGCUACGCUUUCAAGCACAAAUCCCAUGUCUUCUUUCUGUUCUCGCGAGCAAUGGACGCCAACGAUAACCGUAAGGUCAGCUUUUUGGCUCGCCUCUGCGAUAACGACCAGAAUUACUAUUCCUACAUAGAGCUUCAGCUCAGCUGCAGCAAAGGCAAAGACAAUGUCUACAACAAGGUGCAAGCAGCAUACUUGACCUCUCCAGGGUCGAUUCUCGCCCAAAAUCUUAGCUUGAAUGGCUUGCCAGUAGAUGAUAAAGUGCUGUUUGCUCUGUUCAGCAAACCGGAUGGCCAGGACUCUGCACUCUGCAUGUAUCCUAUGAGCAGCAUCAACCGCAGACUGCAGGAGGCUAUGGAGUCAUGUUAUAGAGGAGAAAAUAUGCCAAGAGUUGUCAUGUCUCCUUACACCACCAAAAAGGAGGAGCUUUGUUCGACCAGGGUAGAGGAGUCCUUGUUAAACAAAUACACGUGUGGAGCCGAGUUCCUGCCGUCUCCAUUGGCCACUACACCCGAAUUCGCUUUGAGUGCCAGCGCCAUCUACAACAGGAAAAGCCUGCUGACAUCUGUGGCUGUGUCUGUGGUAAACAACAACACUGUGGCUUUCGUGGGCACCAACACAGGAGAAGUGCUUAAGAUUCAUCUGACCGAUCAUGCUGACGUGUACGGCAAAUUUCCAGGAGAUAGUAGCGAUGGUCCCGUAAACAAAUCCAUGUUCUUUGAUUCCACCAUGGAUCAUCUGUACAUCACCACUAUGAAGAAGAUCACGAAAGUUCCCGUGCAGGCGUGUGAACAGAAGAAAGACUGUCACUCGUGUGUGAGUCAGAGAGAUCCAUAUUGUGGCUGGUGUGUCCUCGAGGGCCGAUGCACCAGAAAAAAGGAAUGCCGCCAAGGAGAGGAGAAGGACGCAUGGCUGUGGAGCCCCAACCAGAAGUGUGUAGCCAUUCAGAGUUUCGAUCCUCCCAACCUCAGCUGCAAGAAGACCAACCAGGUGAAGAUUAAUGCGUCCCCGCUCCCCAGCAGUUUAAACGGUCAGCUGACCUGUGAAUUUGGUAAUUUUGUAAGCAAUGCUGAAAUGAACAACCGUCAGAUUAUCUGCGCUUUACCGAACCCGGAGAUCAUUCCACAGACACCUGAGACACAAGAUUUCGUCGCAGUACCUGUGAAGAUACUAUUAAAUAAAAACAUUGAGCUUACACACGGUGAAUACCAGUUCUACAACUGUGCAGCUGUUGUGAAGAACGCAGUAAAUACACCUUGCAUAGCGUGUGUGACGAGUCAGUGGGGCUGCCAGUGGAACACACAGGAUCACACGUGCAGUGACAAGGACAAUUCUGAGGAGAACAACAUCAUUAAGCAAAACCAGAGUGACAAGUGUCCUCAGUUUGAGAACCUGGAGCCCAAACUCAUUCCCGUGGGCCACAAAAAGCAAGUCACGUUCGAAGGCAAAAAUUUGGAGAAAUACACGGGGAAAACGUUCCAGAUCGGUACCGAGCUCAUGAAGAACAUGGGUGAAGUGACUACUACAGAGUCAAAGUACAGCUUUGAUGGUUAUGAGUUUGCUUAUGAUAAAACGCCGGAAGUGAACGUGUCAUUCUACGUGAAGGAUAAAGAGACCGAGAAGAGGAUUGACAGCACACUUCAGGUGGUGCUGUACAAUUGUUCAGUGGGCCGUGAGGACUGCAGUCUGUGUAAAAACGCAGACCCGAAAUAUGAGUGUGUAUGGUGCGGCACCACAAACUCCUGCAUUUAUUCUAAGCUUUGUAGAAACGAGCUCCAGGAGUGCCCUGCUCCCACCAUCAACGAUAUCACACCACGGUUCGGACCCAGGAAGGGGAAGAUCUCAGUUACUAUAAGGGGAUCCAAUCUGGGGAUUAAAAAAGAAGACAUCAAGAGAAUCACUGUGGCCGAAGUGCCAUGUGAGCACCAGGCAGACAGAUACACCGUCUCCACUAGUAUUGUGUGUAAGAUCGGACCACUGCCUGAACCUCCAGUGGAUGUGCCGAACCCCAAGAGCCCAGAUGGACCAGUAAAGGUGGAGGUAGAAGGAAAGGCCAUCAGUGUAUCCGCAGUUCACUUCACAUACAGGGACCCCGUGCCUCAGACGGUGAACCCCAUAAAAGGUCCACAAGACGGUGGAACAGUUAUUACCAUCUCAGGUCAACACCUGUUCACAGCUACUAAAGACGACAUAAGCGUGACUAUUGGAAGUGUGCCAUGUGAAGUCAUCGACUUCGGGGACCAAAUCACAUGUAAGACAGGUCCAUAUAAAAGCCUUCAGGUUCCUUCAGGGCCACUCAGCGUCACAGUGAAGUACGGAGAGAGCACCUCAGUCACCGUGACCGACAGCAGAUUCACCUACGACACCAACCCCAAGAUCAUCAGCUACUCCCCUCAAGCAAGCUUCGUAUGCGGAGGCCGCAGAAUCGCAGUGGUGGGAACCAGAUUCGAUUUGGUUCAGAGAGCUGUUAUGAGAGUGCUGCCCUCUGCUGACGAGUUCAACCUGCACCCCAGCAACGCUGAGUUUGUGCAGGAGGUUUUUAGUAAGAAUGACACCGUCCUGGAGUUCUUCUCUCCAGCCGUCAACAGCUCCAUCGAGGAUAUGUCCUUCAGGACAGUCCUCGAGCUCGACAACAUCCAGGUGAACCUGACGGAUUUCGAGUACCACUCCAAUCCCACGUUCGAAGAGCUGACGGACAAACCCAUCAGUGCAGGAAGCAUCAUUAUCGUCAAUGGUCAAGGUCUCUCCAAGGCCAUGACCGCUCAAGAGGCGCAGGCAUUCGUUGGAGACAUUCAGUGCGCAGUGACUGUCCUGCACGAUGAUAAGCUCUUCCUGGAGGCCCCGUCCACGCCUCCUAAAGCACGGUCCAGACGUCAGCGCAGGGACACCAGUUCAGAGACCAUGGACUUAGUGAUUAAGUUUGGCCAUGGAGAGUGGAACGUCGGCACUGUGCGCUAUGAGAAGAAGAGUGAGGUUCCUCUAUACAUCAUAAUCCCGGCAGUGAUUCUCCCCAUGCUGCUGUUCAUUGCCAUCUCAGUGUACUGCUAUAGGAGAAAGAGCCAGCAAGCCGAGAGAGAGUAUGAAAAGGUGAAGCACCAGCUAGAGAGUCUGGAGGAGAGCGUGCGGGAUCGAUGUAAAAAAGAGUUUACAGAUCUGAUGAUUGAGAUGGAAGACCACACCAGUGAUCUAAGCGAGGCCCGAAUUCCUUUCCUGGACUACAAGAACUACACAGACCGGGUCUUUUUCCUUCCCUCUAAAGAUGGCGCUAACGAUGUCAUGAUCACCGGCAAACUGGACAUCCCGGAAAACCGCAGGCCCACCGUGGACCAGGCGCUCAACCAGUUCUCCAAUCUGCUCAACAGCAAGACCUUCCUCAUUAACUUCAUCCGUACUCUGGAGAAGCGGCAAGAGUUCAACGCCAGAAACAAGGUCUACUUCGCCUCGUUGCUGACUGUGGCGCUGCACGGGAAGCUGGAGUACUACACAGACAUCAUGAGGACCCUCCUGCUGGAGCUGAUGGAGGAGCACGUGCACAGCAAAAACCCCAAACUGAUGCUCCGCAGAUCAGAGACUGUAGUUGAGAGGAUGCUGGCUAACUGGAUGUCCAUUUGUCUCUACCAGUUCCUUAAGGACUCAGCUGGGGAGCCACUCUACAAGCUUUUUAAAGCUAUAAAGCACCAGGUAGAAAAAGGGCCGGUGGACGCUAAGCUGAAGAGAGCCAAGUACACUCUGAAUGACACGGGGCUGCUGGGAGAUGACGUGGAGUACUGUGGCCUGACUCUGCAAGUGUUGGUCCACGGCGAGGGUCCUGAUGUAACCCCUGUCAAAGUGCUUAACUGUGACACGAUCUCCCAGGUGAAAGAAAAAAUCAUUGAGCAGGUUUACAGGAACCUUCCCUAUUCCCAGAGACCGACUGUAGAGAGUGUUGCCCUGGAAUGGCGUCCCGGCUCAACAGGGCAGAUUUUGUCUGAUAUGGAUUUAACAUCUCAGAAGGAGGGCAGGUGGAAACGUCUCAACACUCUGGCACACUACAACGUGCGAGACAACGCCACUCUCGUCCUGUCAAGAGUUCUUCACACCCAGCAGUCUUUCGAGCAGAACCAGGACAGCCAUGAAGAAAGAAGUGCUCUCCUGGAAGACGACAAAGUGUUCCACCUGGUGCGGCCUGCAGAUGAGCUGGAUGAAGUGAAGUCCAAGAGAGGCAGCAUGAAGGACAAGGCCCCCAUUAAAACCAUCACUGAAAUCUACCUGACCAGACUGCUGUCCAUGAAGGGCACGUUGCAGCAGUUUGUCGAUGAUUUCUUCCGCAGCGUGUUGUGUUCAGGAGCCGCUGUCCCUCCAGCUGUCAAGUACUUCUUCGACUUCCUAGAUGAGCAAGCACACAAACAUGACAACGUUGACGAGGAAACCAUCCACAUAUGGAAGACCAACAGUUUGCCUCUGAGAUUCUGGGUUAACAUCCUGAAAAACCCUCACUUCACCUUUGACGUGCACGUAACCGAGGUAGUGGAUGCCUCGCUGUCCGUUAUCGCCCAGACCUUCAUGGAUGCCUGCACUAAGACCGAGCACAAGCUGACCCCCGAAUCUCCAAGCAAUAAACUUCUCUAUGCAAAAGAGAUUCCUACAUAUAAGAAGAUGGUCGAAGAAUAUUACCGAGGCAUCCGUCAGAUGGUGCCAGUAAGCGACCAAGACAUGAACACACACCUGGCUGAGAUCUCACGGUCCCACACAGACAAACUGAACACCCAGGUUGCCCUGCACCAGCUGUAUCAGUACGCCAGCAAGUACUACGACGGAAUUAUCUCAUCACUAGAGGACGACCCCGCAGCUCAGAGCAAGCAGCUGACCCUUAGACUUCAGCAGAUUGCAGCCGCGCUGGAGAACAAAGUCACUGAUCUUUAGUGGCGAGUCUCUGCUGCCAGGCUAAAGUAGACCCUCGCCAACAAACCUCACCGGGUCUGCAGGAUGAAAAGAACCUGUUUGAAAGAAAGGAUACAGAGGACUUGGGCAGCCUUUCACAUUAUCCUCACUAGCUUGUUUCUUUUCUUCUGUACGCGUCAGGAUCAGUCCACUGAGUGAGCUGGGAGAUGCUGUUAAAAAAAUAAUAAUAAAAAAGACUGAGUAUGGCUGCCUCUUUACGGUACGGAUGCGUCACAGCUCUUCCCUGACCACUAUGAUAAUUAGUGUCCGUUUUUUGUUUUUUUUUCUUGCAGUUUCGAUAAUAAUCAGAUUAUGUGCAGAUAAAAAGUAAAGUAAUAGUAUUAUAUGUAUAUAUUUUUACACAAAAUGGAUUUAUUAUUGUCAUUUCGGUUCCAUAGCCACUACGUUUCCAGCUUGUGCUAAGGUCAUCAAGGUCACUUCCUGUGGAAUUCGCAUCGCUAGUGUCUUACGGUUUAGCAUUUCUGUGUGCUCAGAGUGUAAAGCCUUGCUUACAUGUUUUUUUUUUCAUGUUGUUGAUUCUCCACCAUCAUGUUCGCUUUUGGGAAUGCAGGGUUAGACUAGUACAGUUGCUAAGAAACCAUAGACGAGGGUUGUUUCAUACGCCAAGAGGAGCUCUUAGUUGUCUUUUUAUGUUUUUUGCUAUAACGCACGUUACCCGUGUAGAGCAAAUGGCUAGCACAUGAUGGUCUCUUCUGAAUUGAGGGAUGACUCAAGUUUUCACUUGUUUCAUGUUUCAUAAUCAUUCAAAGAGUAUUCUGUUUUUUAGUUUUAUUGUUACAGCUGCUCACCUAUGUUUAAGUGUCUGAAGUGCCAAUUUUCAGUAACCAUUUUUUAAAAUAUUUGUUUUAUAUCAGCUUUACUUUUUAUUCCUGUCAUGCACCACAUGGCUUCCCUCACUGUUUGUUUUCGAUACAUGAAUCAUUUUAAAAUUUAAAGAAUGCAUUUUGAACAUUGUGACUAGACAUUUGAAUGUUAUACAGUUUGUCUUGCAUAUAUCUUUUUUUUUUUGUAAAGAAUGAUUGAUUCACAGAUAAAAUAAAUAAUUUAGUUAAAUAAGGCCUUUUUGACCGUCAUGAAAACUGUGCAAUUCUCAGAACUGUAAUUGUGGCUUAUUAGGGUGGAUUUUUUUUUUUUAAUAGAGAUUGACCAAAGUUUAAAACUGUCUUGUGCUCUUUACUCUCUUGAAGUUUCUUUUAAAGUGAUUUUAUGCACCGGACUCAAGAAAGCCAGGACUCGUGUUUGGUUCUUAAGGACUAAGUAAAGGUAGUUGAUUUAUUAAACUCAUUAUAAAUGAGCUUUAUUUUUUCUUGUACUAUAUGGUACUAUAUAUUCUUGUGAUUAUGUGCCCUUACUAAAAAAAACAAAAAAAACAUGCCAAGCACUACACAUAUCAAAUCAUGUCGAUAAUGUAAAUGUAUUUUUAGUACAGGAUGACAUGCUUUUCACCAUAAAUCUAUUUCGCUUCAUCCCAUCCCAGUUCCUGUUACAUUCCUAAUUAGAGUAUGUUGCCAUGUUGUCAAGCUUCUUUUCUGCCUUUUUUAGACCAGAAUGUGCCUUAAUGAGAACUGAGUAAUAAUAAUAAUCAUACAUGUGGUGAUUCGAGCUGAAAUCAAAACUGCAAUAGUGACUAUUUAUGAUUUUUUUUUUUCAAUAGCCCGUUUAUGUUCGGUGUCAUUUCUGACAACAUACUGUAUGUGCCACUAUGGUUUACUUAAUGCUGGUAAAUGUGUUUAUGAUGGUGAAGAAAAAAUGUAUUAAAAGUAUGUUUUUGGUCUUAAA